GUGGAUGUGUGUGGGGGAAGUGAGGCCGGUGUGUCUGCGGGCUGUGGGCGGUGCACAGCUUCAGUCUGGCGGCUCGGCUUCAGUCAGUCACUCGGUGCAUGUGGAGGAGAGCGGACGCACCGGGACCCGGGAUCUGUACCUCACACACACGGCAGUAAAACCCCCCCAUCCGACCGACCGAACGGCAGGCAGGCAGGCAGAGCGGAGCAGCAUGGAGCUGUGAGGGCUGCGGGCCGACCGGGACCUGCUCCCCGAACAUCCCACUCUCAUUUGUUUAUUUACCAUCUUUUUUUUUUUUAUCCCCAAAAUGGAGACUACAGGCUGCUGGCUGCUCCUGGCUGCACACUUUAUCCUCUUCUGCCAACAAGCCGGAGGAUAUGCAUACAGGAACCAACGCAAGUUCUCAGAAGACAUCGACUGGUCGUACGCAGGAACUUUAAAUCAAGACAACUGGGCCAAGAAGUUUCCAUCCUGCAGCAACGCCAAGCAGUCUCCGAUCAACAUCGAGGAGAACCUGGCUCAGGUGAAGCUGCAGUACCAGCAACUGAGGUUUGACGGCUGGGAGAGCCUGACGAGCGACAGGACGACCAUCAAGAACGAUGGCAAGACGGUGGCGGUCAACGUGGAUGGAGAGUUCUACGUCAGCGGAGGAGGUCUCAGGUCAAAGUUUAAAGUCGGACGUAUCACCUUCCACUGGGGGCACUGCAACGCCUCCUCAGACGGCUCCGAACACAGUCUGGAUGGAGUCAAAUACCCUCUGGAGAUGCAGAUCUACUGUUAUGAGGCGCAUCGCUUUGUAUCUUUGGACGAAACCAUCAAGGCUGGAGGCAGAAUCACAGCGCUCGCCGUGCUGUUUGAGACGAGCAACGAAGACAAUGUGAACUACGCUGCCAUCAUAGACGGGAUCAGCAGCGUGAGCAGAUACGGAAAGAGCGCAGAGGCUUUACCGUUUGCCCCGCAAGGUCUCCUGCCCAACUCCACGGAGAAAUACUUCAUCUACAACGGCUCUCUGACCACGCCGCCCUGCAGCGAGACUGUCGAGUGGAUCGUCUUCAGGAACACGGUGGCCAUCUCUGACGAACAGCUGGAGAUGUUCUGCGAGGUGAUGACGAUGCAGCAGGCCGGAUACGCGAUGCUGAUGGACUACCUGCAGAACAACUACAGGGAGCAGCAGCAGCAGUUCAUGGGUCAGGUGUUCUCCUCCUACACCGGCACCGAGGAGGUCCUCUCACCAGUGUGCAGUUCGGAGCCAGAGAACAUCCAGGCGGUGCCCUACAACCUGAGCAGCCUGCUGGUGACGUGGGAGCGGCCGCGGGCGGUGUACGACGCCAGCAUCGAGAAAUACUCUGUCACCUACCGAGUGGCCAGCGCAGAAGACAACGUCCCGUCUAUAUACCUGACCGACGGAGACCAGGAUGUGGGAGCGAUACUGGAUUACCUGUUGGCCAACACCAGCUACGUGGUCCAGGUGGUGGCGGUCUGCACCAACGGUCUGUACGGACGUGUAAGCGACCUGCUGACUGUCGCCAUGCCCAUCGACGACCCCGAAAAUGCCCUGGAUCCAGACUCGGAUGAAUUUGACGAUGAGGUCAACUAUGAACCCAAUAUGUCUUGGAAUGAACCAGUCCAAACCGAGGAUUACGAUCGGGCCUGGAUUCCUACAAACUCACCCAGAACCACGACUUCGACCACGACUGGAUCACCUCUUUUACCUUUACCUGGCAUCAGAACGACAACAGCAGAAUCUGUUCGGAGGAAAAUCACCUCUGAUUCAGUUUCCCCAGUCAGAUCUACCCAGUAUGGUCAAGUCCUGAGCCAUUCUGAAGAGACAGCGCACCGCAUUACCUCCACGCGUCCGCCAGAGGUCGCCCUACAACCCGGAACAAAAGGAGACGCUCAAUUCAGUGGCAACGCUCCCCUUUACUCCACAACAACAACCAAGGAAGCCUUCAUUUCCACUCCCACUACUCCUGUAUACCCCAGUGCAAAGACACAAGGCGUUCCUGGAGUCAUAAGUCCAAAAGACUCCUCUGAACAAACAAAAGGCGACGUUAGUGCCACUACGUCUACACUCACCAGUGCAAAGACAAAAGGUGGUAAAAGUAUUUCAUCACACAGCGCCGUGACCACGACACUGAGGUCUCGUACCAGCGACGCGAGCAGCACAACAACACCGUCGUCCUUCAUCCACGCCGAGACCGCCCGAGGCUUGGCGCGUCCAAUAAGCGAAGACACCACCACCGAUGGAGAUGUGUCUGCUGGACCCGGGGGGCUUCCAGAGAUCCAAAGCUCUCAACCUUCCUUCUCUGGCAAAGUUGUUCCACGUAGGCCCACGAGUCCCAGCAUUCCUCAUUUUUCAUCUACCACGACUUCUGUCCGGCUGAGUGGCGUUCUCUGGCAGACCACACAGCCCACGUCCACUGAUGCCAGUAACAGCAGCCACGAGUCCAGAGUGGGUUCGAUCCGCGACGGGGAGAGGAAGGCUGUGGUCCCUCUGGCCGUCAUCUCCACCCUCACCGUCCUCGGCCUGAUCGUCCUCAUCAGCAUCUUCAUCUACUGGAGGACUUGUUUUCAGACGGCUCACUUCUACAUCGAUGAAAGCUCAUCACCCAAAGUCAUUGCUGCAGUGUCCACUGCUGCAUUGACUUCUGACGAACAAACAGCUUUUCCAGUGAAGGAGUUUGUCAAACACGUGGCAGAGCUGCAUGACACGCUCGGCUUCCAACGAGAGUUUGAGAUACUGAAGGAGAGUUACGAGGAGAUUCAGUCGUGCACGGUGGACAUGGGGAUGACGACUGACAGCUCCCACCAUCCUGACAACACAACAAAAAACAGAUACAGCAACAUCCUGGCCUAUGACCACAGCCGGGUGCGACUCACGCCGCAGCCCGACAAAGACGGGAAGACGAGGGAUUACAUCAACGCAAACUACGUGGACGGUUUUAAGAAGCCGCGGUCGUACAUCGCGACUCAGGGUCCUCUGAGGUCGAGCACCGAGGACUUCUGGAGGAUGAUUUGGGAGCAAAACGUCUGCGUCAUCGUAAUGAUCACCAACCUGAUGGAGAAAGGAAGAAGGAAGUGUGAUCAGUACUGGCCGGCGGACAUGCAGGAGGAGUACAGCAGCUUCCUGGUGACUGUGAAGAGCAGCCGAGUGCUCGCCUACUACACCCAGAGGACGUUCACUGUCAGGAACACCCACGCCAAAAAGGGCUCCCAGAAGGGGCGGCUCAACGAGCGGACUGUGACUCAGUACCAUUACACCCAGUGGCCCGACAUGGGCGUCCCAGAGUUCGCUCUGCCGCUGCUCAGCUUCGUCCGCAAGUCGUCCAAAGCCAGGACGGACGACAUGGGGCCGGUGGUGGUGCACUGCAGCGCCGGCGUGGGCCGGACGGGCACGUACGUGGUCCUGGACAGCAUGCUGAAGCAGAUGAGGGACGAAAGCACCGUCAACAUCACGGGCUUCCUCAAACACAUCCGCACACAGAGGAACUUCCUGGUGCAGACACAGGAACAGUACGUUUUCAUCCACGAUGCCUUGGUGGAAGCCAUCUUGUCCGGAGAGACAGAGGUGCUGGCGGCUCACCUGCACAGGUACGUGGACGAGCUGCUGAUCCCGGGGCAUGCUGGGAAGACGCGCCUGGACAAACAGUUUAAGCUGGUUUGUCACUCCGGGGUGAAGCAGUGUGACUACUCUACAGCACUGCAGGACUGCAACCGCAGCAAGAACAGGAACUGCUCUGUGGUACCCGUUGAGAGGUCGCGAGUGCGCCUGUCUGCGACGGCGGGGGAAACGUCAGACUACAUUAACGCAUCAUACAUCACAGGUUACAGGCAGAGCAGCGAGUUCAUCAUUACCCAGAAUCCUUUGCCUGGCACCAUAAAGGACUUCUGGAAGAUGAUAUGGGACCACAACACCCAGGUCAUCGUGUCGCUGCCGGGGUCAGGCGAGACGGAGGAAGAGAAGGAGGGGGCGGAGCUGUGUAUCGUCUGGCCCCGCAAAGGGCAGCCAAUCAGCUAUGAGAUGUUCACUGUCACUCACAGGAGUGAGAAUCACAUCUGUCUGACCAACGAGGACAUGCUGGUGGUCCAGGACUACGUACUGGAAGCUACGCAGGACGACUACGUUCUGGAGGUGAAACACUACCGUUCCCCCUGCUGGCCGAAUCCAGACAGUCCCAUCAGCAACACCUUCGAGCUCCUUAAUCUGGUGAAAGAAGAGAGCGCUGCAAAGGAUGGCCCCACAGUGGUCCACGAUGAUGUGGGUGGAGUCACGGCAGGAACGUUCUGCGCUCUCUUAUCUCUGACUCGUCAACUGGAGGCCGAAGGUUCGGUCGACGUCUUCCAAGUGGCCAAGCUGACAAACCUGAUGAGACCCGGAGUCUUCAGCAACAUCGAGCAGUACCAGUUCCUGUACAGAGCCAUGCUGAGUCUCAUCAGGACGCAAGAAGACGAGCAAACCCUCCAGUCCUCCGACAACAACGGCACCAUCGUGGUGGGAACCGCCAGCGCCGCAGAGAGCCUUGAAUCCCUGGUGUAAAAAAAAAAAAAAAAAAAAAAAAACUUUUACGAACGAGCAACAGCAUUUUGUCCUUCCUCUUCAACCACCAACAGAACUUCUCCUGAUGCAACACACUCACGCUACAACUACAUCAAUCCAAAAUCCUCAUCGUUCAGGACUGUGUGUGUGUGUGUGUGGGUGAUAGUUUGAGGCUCGCACGUAGCCGACGAGUUUCUUCUCCGCUGGAUCUGGACUCCCUACAGUUUUGUAAUGUGUGCCUUUUUGUAUUCUUUCAUCCUGUACUCCUAACUUUGAUACGAGCUGUAGACUAACUGUCCGAUGUUUUAACGCUGUACUGCCAUGAGACGUUUUACUCAACUAACUAAACUUUUCCUAAACCUUUGUAUUUAUUGGCACUGAGCCAAAUGGGGGGAAAAAAAGGAAAAAAAAUGUCAUCUUUUUACAUCAAAUGAGAUAUUUUGUUAGCUUGUCUUUUUAUAGAGCUCCUGCACUGAACUCCUUUCUGUAAAUACCAUCGCAACGGUAGCAGCAGUGUGCUAUUCAAGUCAAAUAUAAAAUAAGGGCCUGGAAUAUUAAAAAAAUAAUAAUAAUCUAAUGUAUAUAAUAUUAUAGUAAUCAACUCGAUGGACCAAAUUUCUAUUUAUACUUUUAGAUGAUUUUUAUAUUUUACCAUUUUUAGUGCAUUCAAAUGUUAUGGUUUAAUUAUAAUUGCUUAGCUGGAGAACAUUAAUGCUUUUAUAUUCUGGAUUUUGUAACAGACUAAAUGUGAUGCAUGGGGUACUGACAUGUUUUUUUUUUUUUAGCUGGACAUGAAACUCUGCUGGAUUAUUAGAUAGGGGAUUAAAUA